AUGGCCUUCAUAUAUGCAACAAGGCAUUCCAAGACACAAAUGGAUACUGAAACCCGUCCUAGCGUCGAAGAGGCACCAGUUAUUGUGUUAAUGGUUCCUUUCCCAGCUUAUAGCCAUAUGAACCAGCUCUUGCAACUCUCCUGUCUCAUUUCUUCCUAUAACAUACCAGUUCACUAUGCCGGUUCUUCCAUUCACAAUUCUCUUGUAAAAAAUAGAGCUUAUGAUUUAGAUUAUUCACAAAUCCAAUUCCAUGACUUCGAAAUUCCUCCUUUCGUCCCUGAUCCAGCUUCAAACUCCAAAGAAUAUCUUCUUCCAUAUUUUCAUGUCACUUGGCACCUUCUUCUACCCGUUGGUAAGCUUAUCGUCGAGCUCGCUUCCAAAGCCAAAAGAAUUAUCAUUAUCCAUGACGCUUUAACUUCCUCUGCAGUACAACAUGCCACUUCUAUAACCGCUAAAGCUGAAACCUACGUUUUCGAACCCGCCACCGCUUUUGCUGUUCUUUGCUUUUUAUGCGCUGAGAAGGAGAAAACCCUUCCAGUUCCUAGUCAACUAGAACUCGAAUUUAAAGACAAAAUUGAGAUUCCAUCUGUUGAAGGAGCUUUUGGUGAUGAGACUUCAAAAUUCAUAACUCGCCAAGGCAAGUUUAUGAGAAGUUCAUCUCCUUCGGGAUAUUUGUACAGCGCAUGCAAAGUGAUUGAUGGUGGUUUUCUCGACCUUGUGGCCAAGAAAGAGAACUAUAAAAAGGUUUGGGCGGUUGGGCCUUUGCACCAGUUUACAUAUCCAACGAAUGGAAGAAAUUCCAUUAAAAGCAGAUACGAAUGCUUGGAGUGGCUUGACAAACAGGAACGAAACUCUGUCUUGUAUAUCUGUUUCGGAUCCAUGAUUUCAAUGGCGGAUCUUGAUCAACAGCUUGAAAAACUUGCUGACGGAUUGGAGAAAAGUGAGGCGAAGUUCAUCUGGGUAUUCACAGAGCCACAUAACAAAAAAGAAGGUGUUGAUGAAGGCAAAAAAGGUCAUGAACUUCUUCAAGGGUUCGAGGAGAGAACGAAAGGAAAAGGAAUGAUGGUGAGAGAUUGGGCUCCACAGCUCGAAAUUCUGCGGCACCAAUCAACAGGCGGGUUUUUGAGUCACUGCGGAUGGAACUCUUGCGUGGAGAGCAUUAGCUGUGGAGUUCCUAUAGCAACAUGGCCAAUGCAUUCAGACCAACCCAUGAAUGCUCUGCUCAUAACAGACGUGCUUAAAAUCGGUGUGACAGUGAAGGAAUGGGCACGCAGGGACGAAGUCGUGAGCGCUGAGAAGAUUAGCGCUGCUGUGAAGACAUUAAUGGAUGAAGGACAUGAGAUUAGGACAAGGGCUAAAGAUUUGGCUGCCAAAGUUCAAAGUGCUACUGCUCAGGAAGGAGUUUCUCGCUUGGAAUGCAAUUCUUUCAUUGCUCAUAUCACCAGGCAAACUUGA